GGUACGUAGUGUUUCAGCGGUCGCGUACAAGAAGUGUAUUUUCAGUUAUAUUGUAUAGAAUUAUGUAGUUUUGCUUUUGUUUACGUUUGUGAAUAAAUAUAUUCGUGUGCCGUUUCAUGUCGUUUUUGUUAAAAUGCGUUAUUUUGAUGGAUAUAGGUGACCGGGCUUUUUAUGUUCUCUGUUAGGGAGAUGACUGUGUGUAACCCCUGUAUCCACUUGUUUCAGGAAUUACUCUACUCAAGUGUGUUGUUUAUCCAGCACUGGUAUUUUAUUUUCCUUUGUAAUUGAUCGAAUGGUUGUGUCCAGUUUGCAGUAAUGCGUACAACUUAUUUGCUGUGAGCGGAGUUUCCACAAUGUGGACUGGGAGACGGUAGAAGACUGUGUGUAACCCUUGUGUUCACAUGUUUUAAUAAUUAUUCUAUCCAAAUCGGUGGACAAUAAACACCACCACAAAUCCGUCGUCCAGCUAAUUGUACAGCGCGAUACGAACACAGCGCAGAUCCACUACCAAGUAACGGGUGUACAACAAGCGGGAAGCCGGAGCGCGCCAACACCCAAGAGCGCUCGCGUGCACAACAACUUUUAUUUUAAUCGAUGUCAGUGCCAUUGCUAAGUGAGAAUCUGCAUAAUUUCUAUUUUGUUUUAAUCCUAGCAGCAAACCAGUAGUCAGAAUGUUUUCCCGCAUUGCAAGAUCAGCUGCAAGCACCGCUCGUACCUUAUGCACAUCUUCCCAGAACAAUGCCAAGGUGACAGUGUUGGGUGCGUCCAGGGGCAUCGGCCAGCCCGUCACUGCUCCUGAAGAAGGGUCCCCUUGUGAGCAAGCUCUCGCCUCUGUUGUUUCGGCUUGUCUGUGCUGCACAAUUAUAGGAUACAAGUAAAUGAUAAGAUUAUAUAUGAAAUCGCUCAGGGCAAGGUAAUUUUUGGUAUGCAAUUGCAGAGCGAUCUAACCCUGUCUUUGUUUCAGCUCCGUACCGCCCGACUUUUCCUGCCUCCUCUUCCCACGCCUCCAGAACCAUCCCACUCUCAUCCAACCUAACCCCGUUCCUCCCCCGUGGAUCCGCCAUCGUUGCCACCCUGGGUGAUGCCUGUGCCCAUAACUGCCCUGACGCUCCGUACCGCCCGACUUUUCCUGCCUCCUCUUCCCACGCCUCCAGAACCUUCCCACUCCCGUCCGACCUAACCCCAUUCCUCCCUCGUGGAUCUUCCUCCUGUCUUCCGUCCAUGUUUAUGGAUUGACGUUCUACCUUCCUGGCCUGCCUGCCCCCGGCUCAUCGACAACCCUUUCGGUUCACCAUCAUUGUUUUGGCGUUUUCUACAGACUGAUCUCUGGCUUUGUCCCUUCCUGUUACUUGGACCACGAAUUGGCUUUUGUUGAUAAACGGAUUUUGGUGAAGUUCCCCAAGUGUCCUGAUGUGAGUGUAACAUACGAUCUGAGUUGAAGUUUGCUGGGCCGUACUUCGUGGGAAGCCUAUGCCCAUGGGCUAAGCUCAAGAAGAAGGUAAAGAAAAGUGGAACAAAGGCCUGUACUCACCAUGCAGUAUUGUUUUCAGGAGUGAGACCCGAGGCGGACAAUGAGGGAGACACCCAGUUUCAGCAGCAACAGAUGUGGGAGUUCUGUCCUCUUUGAGAUCCCAGAGACCAGCAUCAAGCUGCGACGGGAAGCCAGGCUUAGGAGGGAGUACUUGUACCGGAAGGCUCAGGAGGACAGGCUGCGCACCAUCCAGGAGAAAAAACACAAGUUAAAAUCUGCUCUAGACGAGAAUCGUCUGCUUCCGACAGAGAUUCGUAAGGAGGCCUUGCAGCUCCAGAAGCUUCUUGAAUAUGAUGAUGAGGGAGCAGAAGGUGUCAGCAGUCACGCUGAUGAUGAGUAUAAAUGGGGUGGAGUCGAAGACCCUAAAAUUAUGGUGACGACAUCUAGAGACCCUAGCUCCAGACUUAAGAUGUUUGCCAAGGAAGUGAAGCUCAUCUUCCCAGGAGCUCAGCGUAUGAACAGAGGGAACCACGAGGUGAAAGCAUUGGUCCAGGCCUGCCGUGCGGCUGAGGUCUCAGACCUGGUGAUUUUGCAUGAGACCCGAGGCCAGCCAGACGGCUUGGUCGUGUGUCACUUGCCAUUUGGACCCACAGCCUACUUCACAUUGUACAACGUGGUUAUGAGACAUGACAUCCCAGACAUUGGCACCAUGUCCGAGGCCUUCCCACACCUCAUCUUCCACAACUUCACCUCACGCCUGGGGCAGAGAGUGUCCAAUAUCCUGAAGUAUCUGUUUCCAGUGCCCAAAGAAGACAGCAGACGUGUGGUCACAUUUGCCAAUCAGGAAGACUACAUUUCCUUCAGACAUCACACAUAUAAGAAAACUGACCACAAGAAUAUUGAACUAACAGAAGUGGGGCCAAGGUUUGAAAUGAAAUUGUAUAUGAUCAAGCUCGGCACUCUGGAGAACGAGGCCACAGCAGACGUGGAGUGGCGUCUGCAUAGCUACAUGCAUACAGCAAAAAAGCGCAGGGUUCUGACCACAGAGUAGCUGUGAGACCUGGGACCAAAAACUGUUUUUGUAUCAUAUGUGUUACUCAGCGAUUCUACCACUGCUUCAGAUAAGUCAUUUAUUGAUGCCAUAAUUUCCUGUUUUCAACAUUACUGAAUACUGGCUAUAGGUAAUUUACCAGGUAGCAAAGAGUUUUGUUAUACAGGAGGUUGGUGUUUCACUUUUUUUAUUUUGUCCAAGCUCUUUGGCUUGCUCAUUGAUUGGAUGUGUGAAUAAUUUUCUGAUUAUCCUGAUAUUUUCUGUUGAAACAAUGCCUUGCAAGUAAGCUCCAAAAUUGAGACACAAAACACAGAUGUUGUGGAUUUUUUUUAAAUAGGAAUCUGUUAGCAUUUCUGUAACCAAGCCAAUUUCUAUUUGCCCUAAGGGAAGUUUAUACUGUACAAAUUUAGUGUUUUUCUUCUUGGAUCCAUUUCUUCAAUUGCAAUUUUGAGCUUUACAAGUAGGUUAGUAAGUAUUUUUCAUUGGUCUUCUGGGGGGAAAUCUAUAUCUGGUUUUGUGUGACCCAGCCUCAUAAAGGUUGUCAUAAUAAUGAUGGACAACAAACAGCAUUUAUCUUUAUUGAUCAGGGUGAGCAGUUAUGGAUGGUUGUAUGUGGACCAUUGAUAACUAGUUGAAUCUCAACUGGAAAUAAUAUCAACUGGAUUCUACUGAGCAGAAGAGCACUGCAAUUAGAUGGUAAUUUGGGCCAUUCCUUAAUACAAAGAUGUUUCAGCCUGUGUUCCAAAUCAUGGGGGAAUGUUACGUUGCACCAAUGUAUACUUUUAGGUACGUAUGAUAUGACAAUAAAGCCCACUUGAUUGUGAAA